AUGGAUAUCGAUGGAGUACUCGGUUCCGAUGAAGAACUAGAUGAAGCUGAUUGGUCUGCUCGACGACAAAGGAUUGAGAGGCUCGCUGAGUCGUACUUGAAUGGCACUCCGCUUUUCAUACUCUCUGCUUCGCUCCGGGGGCCAUUCGACAGGGACUGGGUGAACCCUUGGAAAAAGUCAAGAAGGAGAGUGCCUAGCAUUGGGCAUCGAGACGGUCGGCCGACGGGGGAUACGGCCACAGCGGAAGAGAUUGUGAUACAGGAGACCAACUCUCGGAAGCGGAGACGGUACCAUGAAUUGCAGGACAUCCGUGGGACAGAUUCUCCGAUCGGUCUCUCGCACUUGCAUGUUCCAUCCUCUCUUCGCAAUGAGGAUCUUCGAACAAAAUCGAAAAGCCCAUUGUCGUGGAGAGCACCCAGUGAAAACCCAUCCGGGGCCUCAAUAGCCUCUCAGCCAUCACCGGGGAGGUCAAUACCUUGCGCAAGACUAUCAGGUCUACAAGGGCAAGAUCAAGAACCGAGCCCGUUUGUUAGCAAUGAUGCUCCUUGGUUAAGGAAGGAUCGUGUCUGGAUCAAUUCCCGGAAUGUUGAUCCUCCCACAUCCCCUACAACCACUGUCUCCAGUCGUCAAUCCGAUAUGAGAGCUCGUGCGACCACAAUUCGCUCAUCCAAACGGCGGUUUCCGGCCAACACAAUUCCGUCUCAAAGUCAUUCCAGCAUGGAGUCGUCCAAUGGCGCGGAAUCUMCGGGAUCUAUUACUGGCAAGGGUGGGCCGAAGGAGAAUGAAACGGAAUCGAUGCAUAAUCUAUCAGUAAACGGUUCGGAGAAACAUAGCGCUGUUCCUGGCGGAAAUAUGAACAGUUCACUUCAGAUCGUUUCGUCGUCGUCACAACUACCUAAGUUUGAGUACCGUCGACGGAAGGUACGUGCCGCCUCUGGAGAGGAACAUACCAGUUCCCCAAUGGUCCUGGACAAGAGAAAGCAACCAGUAGUAGCUGAGGUGGAAGAUGUGCCCAAUAUCACGGCUGAUCGUCCGCCUCAAGCGCCUGCACUGCGAAACGUCUCAUUCGCAGACGCAGCGGAUCCCUGCCAAUCGGAAAGCUCGCAKGCAUCACAUACUCUGACAAAGAAUGAUUCCACGCUCUCCAAUCCUCCCGAUAUGGAAACAGCCUGGAAUCCUCAGGCAGCCAGAUCGAUGCAGGGCAAUACUAGCGAAAGGUUGCACUCUGCGCAACGAGUACCUGGAAACUCGGCCAUGAUGGAUUUCGUUACAUCGCUGCAUACCAUCGCUGCGUCGAAACAAGACACAGAGUAUGAUGGUGAUACUAUCCCAGAGGCCCAAUUUUCCACGCAGGCAGCUGUUUUGCUCGCUCAGAGAUCUUUCCAGAAGGACUUGGAAAGCCCGGAACCCGAGGAGCUUCCUUUGCACCGAACUCCUAGCCACAAUACACCUCCCGCAAACGAAAUCACACCGUUCUACCAAGUGAAUACCCCCGGCAAUGGGAAGAUCACAAAUAAGCCAUCAAGACCUCCAGCUACCGGAUUGCCAGUAAUGAGCACGCAAUGCAUCAUCGAUGCAGUCACUCCUUUCACAUUUAGUACAGAGAAGAAGAAGAGCAACUACCGUGUUCUUUCAUCGACAAAGAGUCGCUCUGGGAGAACGAAAUCAGAGGAUGUCAAUCUUGCUACUCGCAUAGCGCCAUCCACGCACUCAUCGCCGUCACCGAGCAUGAGGGAUCACUCAGAGCUUAGGAAUUCAGAUGCCGAGAGGAACAUCGACGAUGCCUGCAGGCCCGAGAUGUCUAUGCUGCGUGAUUUCCAACCUCAGAGCCAGAAUAGUGUCUUGCCAAUGACGUUGACAGGAACGACGCCGCCCACUGCCCAGGACGGACAAGGGGUAAUCGCAGGUGCAGAUAGCUUUAGCCUCAGUCAAGCCAUUGCAGAUGCAGGAAGCUGGUUGCAACAGAGCUUUGAGAUCAACCGAGAUCUUCAUCAGUGUAGUGGGGCGCGCCCUCCUUUGCCUGCAGACCAUCGUGCUCUACUUUGA